UCCAGAUCACAUGAUUAUGUAGAAACAUGAAACUUGACGAUGUGCUCCAGCAAGUUUUACUUCCCUAGUGCAGGCGUGUUCGCCAGCAGCCUGAGCUCUCUGAAGUCACGUCCAGUGACUGGAACCCCUGAGCACAGAGGCUUGCCAUGCUGCUCCCCAGGAGGGUCAGGAGUGGCUGACCUUCUCUGACCUCCGGACAGUGACGUGAGAGUCUCACCAGAAAGAAUGGACAAGCUCAACAAGAUAACUGUCCCUGCCAGUCAGAAGUUGAGGCAACUUCAAAAGAUAGUCCAUGAUAUUAAGAACAAUGAAGGUGGCAUCAUGGACAAAAUCAAAAAGCUAAAAGUCAAAGCUCCUCCUAGUGUUCCUCGAAGGGACUAUGCCUUAGAGAGCCCUGCAGACGAGGGAGAGCAGUGGUCUGAUGAUUUUGACAGCGACUAUGAAAACCCAGACGAGCACUCGGACUCGGAGAUGUAUGUGAUGCCCGCGGAGGAGAAUGGGGAUGAUAGCUAUGAACCACCCCCCGCUGAGCAUGAGAUGAGGACCAUCCACCCAGCUCUGCCCUUCACCAGGGGCGAGUAUGUAGGUGAGGCCAUCCCCCACCCCAUGUCUGGAUCACAGAGGGAAGGGCCUGAGGGUUUUGGAAUUUCUCCUAGGAAGUUCACACAGAACAUGGGUGCCUUUUCACCCGUGAUCGCAAUGCUAAGCCUGAUGUUUCCUUCUCUGCUGAAGGACCCAUCCUCAAGAGUUCAGACUGCUGAUUAUGUGGUCCCUGUGGAAGACAAUGAAAACUAUAUUCACCCCACAGAAAGCGGUCCACUUCCAUCUGAAAAAGCUCCCUUGGUGAACAGAUCGACCAAACCAAAUAGCUCCUCAAAGCCCACACCUCUUCCGGGGACACCUUCAGGUCGGAACAGCGGAGCCUGGGAUUCCAAGUCAUCUUCACCCUCGGUGCCAUCCCCACUGCCCAGGGUCGGGAGGAAAACAGCUACCCCAUUGAAGAUAACUCCAGUUGCCUCUCAACAGGCCACGUCAAGUGUUUGUGAAGAAAAGCCUAUCCCUGCUGAACGCCACCGAGGAUCUAGCCACAGACAAGAAGCUGUCCAGUCACCAGUGUUUCCGCCUGCCCUCAAACCUCUCCCUCAGAAACCGAUUCCUCUGCCAAGAUUUCCAGAAGGGGGAAGCCCAUCUGUGGAUGGACCAUCCCCUAACUUUUCAUCGAAUCCCACUUUUUCAGUUCAGGAAGCUGAUGUUCAUUCUAAACCCUGGUAUGCUGGUUCCUGUGACCGGAAGUCUGCUGAAGAGGCGUUACAUAGAUCCAACAAGGAUGGAUCAUUUCUUAUUCGGAAAAGCUCUGGUCAUGAUUCCAAACAACCAUAUACACUAGUUGUAUUCUUUAAUAAGCGAGUCUAUAAUAUUCCUGUGCGAUUUAUUGAAGCAACAAAACAAUAUGCUUUGGGCAGAAAGAAAAAUGGUGAAGAGUACUUUGGAAGUGUUGCUGAAAUUAUCAAGAAUCAUCAACACAAUCCCCUGGUUCUUAUUGACAGUCAGAAUAACACAAAAGAUUCCACCCGACUGAAAUAUGCAGUUAAAGUUUCCUGAAGAGAGAAAAAGGUGGUUAAAACCAUUGCUUCAAACAUUUUCCACAGCUUUUUCCUUUUUAGAUAAACUUCCAAAACAUCACAUUUUUGGAUUAUUAAUUAUCAGUAGUAACACAGAAGAGGAAAACAGCUAUUGAGUUGUGUGCAAUACUCACCUGAACUGAUCAAGCUGAUGAAUGCAUACCUUGGGAGGUAGAAUUGUGCUAACAUUCUCCAAAUAAACAUAUUUUUUAAAAAAA